AUGAGCGACUACGGCGCACGCGCGCACCAGGAUCUGAUCGUCACGCGUGGCGCGGGCUUCAGGAAAGAGAAGAACAAGAAGAAACGGGGAAGCUAUCGGGGUGGAGACAUCACGGCGAGUGGCGGAGAGAGACGGUGCACGAUCAGGACGCUGACGCGCUUGAUAGAUGGAGUCCCACAGCAUCAAGUUCACUUGAGUAACACUGAAGCUCAUACGAACGAUGGAGAUGGGCGAUCGUGGUAG